CAGUGAGCUCAGUGAGAGUGCCGUGAUCAUUUCGCCGUCGUACGUGAAAGUCAAGUAUGAAGCUGAGGAAUUUCUUGAUUUUGACGUGCUCGAUAAUCGUGGCUCACUCGGAAACUGCGACGAACGACCAGGAAACAUUGCUGAGGAGAGCAGCCGAACAGCUGGAGCGAUUGGCUCCGUAUCGGAGAGACGCGGACGAUCAAUCUCGAGGAGAAAUCGAUCUCGCAAAUUCGCCGGAGAUUUGGAGAUCUCCCGAGGAUCAGAAUCGUCUGGAUGAGACCAAGAGCGACGCGGAUCAAAGGGAAUCGCCAUGGGAGGUAAUUUCCGACAUCCUUUCGAAAGAAUCGGAUGCAACGAAGAAGGCCGAAGACGAGAAGAUGGUAAUGAUCGACGUUAUCGCUGAUCCGAGAUACACCACGAUGAUGCAGGAGAGGAUCAAGAGAGGCUUCGAUGCCGGAUCUGCCAGUCUUUUAACCGGCAUAGCGGGCGGUUUGUUAAGCGGUAUCGCGAGUGCAUCGAGCAGCUCUGCUGGAAAAGCAUUGGCGAGUAGCAGUCAAACGGUGUAUCACGCUCCGGCAUACGGUGCACCAGCAGUGGAACAUAGUUAUACGUACGUAGAGAAACCGGCCUUCGGUCCUUGGGACUUCAAGAAGGCAAUCUUUGGCACACUAUUCCAAGCUCUCAAGGCGAUCGGCGGCGGCGUGCUAGCUUUAAAGGGCCAAUUAGUCAAAGGCAGUAGUUAUCUUUUGGCAGGCAAAGCUAAAGUUGUCAGUAAAGCCGGCGACGUCAUCACGUCCUUCGGUAAAAGUCUGGCGGCCAGCGCAGUGACGGAACCGAAGCCUUAUUCAUCAGAAGCUUAUUACGAUCAUCCGCCAGUUCAAAAUAUAGGACAUGAUUCCAACUAUCCUGGAUCACCACCAAGUUCUGAUGAUUAUUCUGAGGCGCCUAAUGGUUACAAUCCACACGAGACUUACAACGUGCCACCAGAUGACAAUGGUCAGGGCGGCCUGCUGAUCGUGACACCGACGAAAUCUGACCUGGACGACCAACGUACGAACGUGGUGGCGCAGGAAAAGCCGGAUCUGUCCAAGUUAGAGGAGAGUUUCGGUGGACCGGCCAAGGGUUCCACCGUCGCAAAUCUCCUGAAAGGUAGCCUCGGUUCACAGGAUCAAACCGUCAAUCAAGACAUCAGCAACGUGAACCCUUAUCCUCCCGAGCAACCAGCUCCGAUCUACGGGGCGCCUAAUCACGACAUUGCAGCGCAGAAUUAUGGUAACACGGUGCAAAAUUUUCCCUUUGGACAAGACAACGCUUAUCAACGGCCUCUCUUACCGUCGCAUCAUCACUUUCCAUAUCUAGGCGAUCCAACUUCGUCAAUUCACCCGAACGUAGAUUAUUCCCUGUUGCAGCAGAUUCAAUACCCGGCGAAUCCCGCUGCGUCGUUCGACCCGAUCAAACUGCCGCACGAUGAUAGCGGCGGUACAUCGGUAUAUUCGAGUCUGUCCAUAGACACCGAGCCGCAGAUCGCACCCUUGAAAAUAUCCCUUCUGCCCGGUGCCCUCGAUCUACCCAAAUUGAAGCCGCACGUGGACUUUCACGGGCAGCCCCAGUUCGCGAAUCAUCUUCACGGCGACUUGGGCGGUCCGCUGAAAGUGCCUCUUUUGAACCCGGCGCCAUCAGCCUAUUAUUGGCAGGAUCAAGGCUUACAAUCGCUUGCUCCCUUUAAGACGCUGAAUCACCUCUAUAAGAGGAAUGUUCUCCAAAGGCGAGCGUUCGCCAAACGACUCGCGCUUUACUCAUCGCUGCAGAAGAUGAAGUUCCAUUGACUGUGAAGUCGAGGCAGGUAACGCAUCGACAUAUUACAACGUGUGUGAAAUAAUGGCAUUUUUUCAAAAAUUUCGUAAGUUCUUUCGAGUGUGACGAUAUAUCUUGACGUCGGGACAAUUUCUUUGACAUUUUUUAAAUACUGGAGUGAAAGUACAAUACACACAUAGACAUAUGUGUAUUUAAUAAUGUGGUGAAAUAUCAUAUCUUGUCACU